CGAGAAGAAACAUCGUUGGAUUGGAGCAAAUUAUCUGUCAUCGCGUAGAAAGAAAAUCUGAAUCACUGAAAAGCAUAAUUUUCGAACGAAGUCCAAAUUCUUACGUAGCAUUGUGGCAAUCGAUUUAGAAAACUUUAAAUUCUGGAAGUGCAAACGCAGCUCUACUAGAGGCAGGCGUUUUAAAAUUCCCGGUUUGAAAACAGGUAUGAGCGAUAGGAAAAUCAAGAAGAACGAAACAAAUAAAGAAAUCAUUAACAUGGGAGAUGCAGCUGGAAUUUUGGACCGCUUCGUUGGUGACGUUAGCAAGGGGUCGGCCACUAAACAAAUUCUUAUCGGUGCUGGAAGCGGAUGGGCAACCGGAUAUAUCACGAUGAAAGUGGGCAAAGUAGCUGCGGUGGCAGUUGGAGGUGGAAUCAUUCUUCUGCAAAUAGCUAACCAGCAAGGGUACAUUCAAAUCGAUUGGAACAAAAUCCACAAAAAGGUAGACAAAGUCACAGAUAAGGUUGAGGAAGCUGUUACUGGCCAAGGACCGAGUUGGGCUGACAAGGCCGAGCGCUUCGUUGACCGGAAAAUAAAUCAAGCAGAGGAUGUGCUGAAGAAAAAGGGCAAAAAGGCACAUAAAUGGUACACCAAUCUAAUCGGCGAUGAUACCGGGUGCAAACUGAAUGAUCUGCAUAUAUUUUUGUGUGCCUUUGCGGCGGGGGUAGCCAUUGGCGUAGGAACGGCCUAGAUUUUUUUUAAGACCGUGCAGAUAAGAUGUUGGCAGUAGAACUUCGGAAAGGCUACCAUCUGAACCAUAAAAUCGAACGAACAAUAUAUUGCCAGCGAAAAUCCACCAACUAAUAGUAACACUGCUUUUCGUCAACCUAACGAAAAUCUGGUAGUCUACGAAUGUUCAUGUUUUACCAUAUGAAGUUAUCUUAUACAAGCCUAUGCCUGCUGUGAACGAUCAAGUAGGGAACAUUAAAAGAUGUGAGUUCAUUUAAAAUUUGCAUUGAACUUCCGUUAGCUUUGAAUGCCCAACAUAAACUAUUCGCUGUGAUUGUAUGAACAGGAUUUGAGUUUGCAAUAAGUUUCUCCGUUGUGUAAGAAAUACUUUACUGAAUCUGAAAUCGCCUAAGUCAUGCAUACUCAAUUGUAUUUAUAUUAUUGUUAAGUAGGAACCACACGAUCGUCAAAAGCACAAUCAUUAAACCAGCAACAUUUUCAGACCCCUUGUUUUGAAUCGCCGGUACGACACUGGUCUUCAUUUAUAUGUACUUAUCAAACCAAAUAAGAAUUUCAUGAAAAUUCACAUAAAUAUGCAAAAGUUUUCCCUACAUUAUUAGGAGAACAGUUAACAAAUACAGUCACCAUAAGAAUUUAUGUUUCAUCUUUCGAAAACUACGUUGUAAUGCUACUUUUAAGACGAAUUCAACUUCUAAGUUUCUUGUCUCGUAAUCGAUUUGUAAUAGUUUGAACAUCAUGAAAUAUAAAAUCAACGGAUUUAAUAAAA